CUUGAAGUCGUCAUUUAUCUCUCGCUUAUGUAUUGUUUUCAUUUUUUUUUUAUUGUAAAUUCAAAGCAAGACAUAUAUUUUGACAUUUGAUUAAAAGAAAAAAUUUGAUAUAAAAAGUAUACUUUAUAAAAAAAAAAAUAAAAUUAAUAAUAAUGGCUAGGCUGGAUGGAGAAAAUCCAAGGUGUUUGACAUCAUCAAUGAGUGGUGAAAAUGUUGAUCCAGUACCACAUAGUUUAAAAGAAGUUAUGGAAUUAAUAAAUUCAAUAAAUAGACGUCUUGAAGAUUGUGCUGUUGAGUGGCAAUCAAAUAUAUCAAAAAAACAAUGGCGUAUAUUAGAUAUUAAAUCAACAUCUGAUACAUCCUGGGAACAGUCAUUAUUGGCAAGAACAUACUUUGUCGAUAAAAAUCUUGAUGAAAAUUUUCAAAAAUUAUUAAGUUACACAAGAAAUCUUGUAUUACAUUUGAAUAAUUUUUUUGCAUUACUUAGAGGUGAGUAUCCAGUUCAACAAACAACAAGAGAUGCUCAAAAUCAAUGUUCAAGUAAUACAACAUCAAUUAAUGAAAAUAAUCAUAAAAAUCCAGUUGUUGAUCCACUUGAUCUAUCACUACUUGACGAUAGUAAUAAUAAUAAUCAAAUUACUGAAGUACGAAGAAGUAAAAGACUUGCUGCAAAUAAUCCACUUGGUAGUUUACGUCAAACAUUUGCUGAUUUAAUAAAAGCUAAAAUUGAUCUUGACACAAAAUUUCUUGGCUUUGAAGCAACUUUAAAUGCAUCUGGAUCAAAUAAUUUUGGUCAAAAUGAUGUCAAAUGUCUUUGUCAACUUUGUUCAAAUAUAUUGGGUAGUGCUAUUGCUGAAGAAGCAAUGCGUACAUCACCACGUUCACGUAAUACACGAACAACAAAAAGUAAAAGACUUGCUCGUAAUCAAAAAAAUUUAAAUAAAAAAGGAACAUUAUCAGUAACAAGAAGUGCAAGUCAAUCAGCCAUGUCAACUAGAAAUACCGACGAUUCACCAAUGGACUCAUAAAAUCAUUAAAAUUUUUAUUAUAAAAAAUUAAUUUAUAAUAAAAAUAAUAACAAUUUGAUUAUUUAAUAAAUGACAAAUUUCGUAAAUCAUUUUGU